AAGAGAAAGUGAGAUAUGUUUGUAGGGAUCCUUUACUUUAACCCUAAAACUCACCAAGAGCUUGAGCCUCCAUUGUAGUUCUUCAUCUUAAGUAUAGAUCUCUUUGAUGUAGUUGUUAGGAUUUUCUACGACUACAAUAACAAUUAUAUCUUCCUAAACAAAUUUUGGUCCUCCUAUAGCAAACUCAUCAGUGUGAUUCCCAAUUAGCCUGAGUUUCUAGAAGGUCCGGUUUUAAUAGCUUUCCUAAUGUGAGUUGAACCAUUGUUUCAUCCAUCGCAUAUAAAUACGCACCACAUCCGUCUGAUUUUUCACAAUUCAUCAUCAACUCAAAGAGGUCCGCGCAUUCAACACUGUGUAUUUUGUUUAUCUAUCUAGCUCUUCAAAAUAAUCAUGUCGAAGAUGAUAUCAUUAAGAAGUUCGGAUGGCGAUAUUUUUGUAAUAGAGGAAACCGUCGCACAUCAAUCACUGACCAUUAAGCACAUGAUCGAAGAUGGUUGCGCUGAUGAUGCAAUCCCUUUGCAUAACGUAACUAGCAAAAUCUUGGAAAAGGUUAUCGAAUACUGCAACAAGCACGGCGAGAGCACUACUGCCGGCGGUGACUCAAUUAUUAGUAAGGCCGAUAAGGAGGCUUUGGAAAAGUGGGACAAGGAGUUUGUGAAAGUUGAUCAAGCAAUACUUUCCGGUCUAAUCAAGGCUGCAAAUUAUCUCAACAUAGAGAACUUGCUGGACUUGACAUGUAUUACAAUUGCAGACAUGAUAAGAGGUAAAACUGUAGAAGAGAUUCGAAAGACGUUCAACAUUAGGAACGACUUCACCCCUGAGGAAGAAGAAAAGGUUCGUCUCGAAAAUCAAUGGACUUUCAAUUAAGUGAAAAAAUCAGCAGCCGGACUACUUUUCCAUCUUUAUGUGUUUUUAUUUAUCUAUAUUUUCCUUUCCUAAGUAAGUGGUGCCAUACUGCACACCAGAUGUUCGAUAAAUUGCCUAAUAGAACAGAAUAGAGGUUAAAUGUUCGUAUAGCUUUCCUUACAUAUUUUUAUAUAAAUUGAUUGAAUUUA